AUAUUGUUCUACAACAAAUAUGAUGACACUUUUGGAAUUUUCUGCUGGUUUAAUGAUAUUUUGUCAGCUGCCUCCUUGUUAUAUUUUCAAAACACAACUUUGUAGAGAAGCUAAUGCGUCCUUGAAGUACGUGCAACGUUGCCCACGCAGUAGAAUGGAAUAUCGACAGAGAUCCCUUAUAAAAGGAUGCUCAGCAAUACCAUACGAAUCUUGCUCAAUGGGUCCAUUCGAAUAUCACUGCGUACCUGAUCAUGAGAGGAGGAGACUGCUUGAAGUUUGUGCUCCGAAAGUUCUAAUCACAGGACGUCACUGCAGCCAGUUUAACGUAGGAAUCGGACAAGUAAUCGAAGAUAUUAAGAAGUGUGACAUCUGUCCUUUUAACUAUGAUUCCACUGAAGGAUUUAAGUACUGUGUUCAUUUCCAGACCACGAUUAAACCACCAGCAGACGUCAAUACCAGUGAAGUCCUCAGCAAUUUAAGUCAGCAAGCAUACCACCUUCUGUCAGCAGCCUUGACGAACAAAACCAAGUCUUCCUACAAAAGAGAUUCAUCAGAGUCAUCAUCGGUUUGCAAAAUAGUGAAAGGAUGUCACCAUUUGGCUACAUGUACUAACAAAGACACCAAGUUCCAUUAA